AUGACGUUCAGGCCACAAAUGAGGGAUUGGCAGUCCACAGAGCAACAUAGAACAUCAUUGACGAAAAGCGGGACAAGCAUAGCAUCUGAUAUGAUAGGAUCGGAAGCUGACCUGUCUAAAGUCUCCGUUGGUUUGUUGAAUAGUGUUGAAUUGACUGAUGAAGCAAUUGAUUUCUUGGAGACAAUAUUUGAUGAAUUUGAUGGUGAUUUUGAUAAGGUGCUGCAACCCCGUGAACUUGAAGAACUGUUUUCUACUGCUCCGGAAAGUCCCUGGAUUGAAAAUCCAUACAAGGAUGCUGUAGGAAGGAAUAUAUUUGGAGAACUAUCAUUAGAUGCAUUUUUAUCAGAGUGGGCACUCAUGACACUUCUAAACCCAACCCUUAGUGUGGAGAGCCUUAUAAACAUUGGUUACCCGGGUUUCGUUUUUGGGCCUCGGAAGGCCGGAAAAUCUGCGUUGUUGAAUUCAUUCAUUGGAAGACCAUAUUCUGAAGCUUACAAUGAAACCAACGAGGAUCGUUUUGCUGUAAAUAUCGUCGAUAUUUCUAGGGAAAACAAAAAAUAUCUUGUGCUGAGAGAGAUUUCUGAAGGAGGAGUCACAAAGCUGCUAGCCAAUAAGAAGUCUUUGGCCUCAUGUGACAUUGCAAUUUUUGUUUAUGACAGGUCUGACGAGUCUUCAUGGAAGGCAUCGUAUGAGCUCUUGUUAAAAAUCGUUAGACACGGGGAAGAUACUGGCUUUCAGGUGCCUUGUCUUAUGGUAGCAGCUAAAGAUGAUAAAGAUUCAUUUACAAUGGUUAUAGAAGAAGAAACUACAGUUAGUCAAGACAUGGAGGUUGAUGCUCCUAUUCCAAUCAGUGUGAAGUUAGGGAAUUUCAACAAUGUAUUCCACCGAAUUGUAAGUGCUGCUGAGCCUCCUCAUUUAAGUAUUCCGGAAACUGAAGCUGGAAAAACCCACAAGCCGUUCCAUACGGUCAUAGAUCGAUCUCUUAAGUUUGUUUCAGCUGUAGUGGCUGUGGCAUUUGUGGUGGUUGUUGCAAGGAAGAAUGUUGCUGCACGGAAGAAUGCGUCUGGUUAA